CAAACACCGCACUCCGACGUCUUGGCUUCCAAACAUGUCCAAGAUCCUUGAAGCAACAACUCUCGAAGCUCUCCAGUGCUUCAAUGGCAAGGUUGAUGCAGCAGACUCAAGCAUGGACGAUGCAAACUGCUCUCUCCCGCCUCGUAAACCUUCUCGUGCAAAGUCCCGGGAUCAGAACGCCGCGUCGCCAAAAUCUUCGACUGAGGUAAUCAGCGGACUGACAGACGUGUUAAGCGUUCAAAUGGAGACAAUCGUGUCGCAUAUCUUGAACAGCCCCAAAGAGUUCAAGAUACCAGACAGUGACACGUCCACUCGUGCGUUUAUCGUCAAUCUUGCACAAUAUGCAAGGAAAUUGGAAGGAAUGUCCAACCCCGUGACAUCUGGUGUUGCUCCGUCGUCGAAUCCAAUUGCUGUUUCCCACUCUCCCACUGUACCUGUUAAAAAAACUGCAAAACAGAUAGAGGCUGUUGCAGACAAACUUGGAAGAGCAGCGAAGAGUGGUAUUAAAAAGCAGAUGUCGGGAAGUAGGCUUUCAUCCAACAUCCACCCCAGUCUACGCUAAUUUUUUGGAUGCCAUAUUAUCCAGUGGAAGCCGACGUGUAAAUCUGGUACAGCCAGAUGGGUUUACGAUGGUGUAUGCCCUGAUGCGGGUGAGAUAUAUAGAUCUAGGUGAAACUUGACGAUCGUGGACCCAAAUUUUUUUAUUAGAUGUCUUCGCCGCUCUCCUGAACCUUCCCGAACCACCCAAGUGGAAACAGAAGAAAUUCGCCAUUGAGGAAUUCGAGAAUGCGCUCGGUGACUCCAUUCGAGCCAGUACCCGCUACAGCAGCCUUUACUUGCGUGGCGACGUCAACGUGAGGUGGAACCCUGCUGCUGGAGAGUUCAAGUUCAGCGGAUCAUAUGGAGUCUAAAGGGAUCCUUUCUCCCAGCAGGACGUCACAGAUCUUCUCGUUUUGCUUACGGCAUAUUGCAUUGUUAUAGACCUUCCCGAAGAACUCAAUACCUAUAUAAUGUCCAGC